GGCAAGCAUGUCCUUCAAUUUGCCAAAGUCACGCUACCAUUUUAAGGCUCAGCCCGGCUACUUUGUGUACACGGACCCGUCCAUUGACAACACCGAGCUGCCGGCCAUCGCAGACAACUUUGGCCUGGCCGAGGGCAAAACAUGGAAGGGCCUCCUUGACGAUAUUCAAGCUCAGAACAAGAGGUCAGGCGAGACGGGUGAGGUGUACAAGCUCAUCUAUGCGGCCAGACACGGUGAGGGCCAUCACAAUGUCGCCGAAGCAAAGUAUGGCACAAAAGCAUGGGACGAUCACUGGUCGCUCCUCACGGGCGAUGGCGAGCUCAUUUGGGGGCCCGACCCUUCCUUGACUUCCGUGGGCGAAGGACAGGCGCGCGACGCAAGACGCAUCUGGAACAAUCUCCUGUCCGAGGGAGCCCCAGAUCCGCCUCCUUUGCCUGGCGCAUACUUCUCGUCGCCCAUGAUCCGUUCGGCAAAGACGCUUUAUCUCACCUUUGAGGGUCGCACGCCCGCCAAGCCUGUCGUCAUCCUUGAGAGCAUACGCGAAGACUUCAAGGAUCGGCAUACGUGCGACGAACGCAGCAAACGCAGCGACGUCGCGGCCGAGUGGGAGCCGAAGGGAUGGAUCAUAGAUAGCAAGAUGGAAGAAGAGGACACGCUCUUCAAAUCCGACUACAAGGAGACGCACGAGACGAUGGCGAAACGCCUCGCAGAUGCGCUCAGCGACAUCUUUGAGCGUACAGAAGGGAUCGACGUCAUCAACAUCACAUCGCACAGCGGCGUGAUGCAGGCCUUGUUCCGAGCUGUGGACCACGACGAUUUCAAGCCAAAAACGGGCGGGAUGGUACCGCUCCUUAUCAAGGGCACUCGUCGGUCCAACAAAUAAGAGAAGGUGACUGAAUUAGACAAUUGAUAGAUAUGCAAAUAUUGAACACUGUGAAAAGCGAAAGCGA